CGAUGGGGACUUCUUUGAUGUCUUCAACUAUCUUCCGGCGGCGAUUUUGGCUCUGCUCACGGUUCUGACCAUCGACGAUCGAGAGGUUUUGGCUUUCAUGAUGAGAAGAUCCAUGGAGACGUCAACGCCGUCGUCUUCCCUAUCGGAAAAUAAAUUUUCCAAGAGAGGUUCGAAGAAAUCCGGUUCUCCACGAGCCAAUUCGGGUAGCGUGUGUGUUCACGCGCCGCCGUCUCUUAGUUGCUUUGACUGUUAUAUGAGUUACUGGAACCGAUGGAACUCGUCGCCGAACGGCGAGCUGAUUCAUCAGGCCAUUGAGGCUUUCGAAGAGCAAUUGGCCAACGGGGAAAAAUCCAGCAAGAACGUCAAAGGCAAGAGGAAGGACAAAAUCGGCCGCCGAUCAUCGGAGAAGCCUGUCGAUGUUGCUCCUCUGUCGCCGCCGCCGUUGCCUGAAGUUCUUCCGUUGGCGAUGGAUGACGGUUCUGUGGCUCCAGCGACGUCUGUGAGUGGCGGUGUUGAAGCGACAGAGGGAAGCGGAGAACUGCCACGGACUGAGGCGCGGGCUGCGAUGGUGGUUGUCCCUUCGUCGCCGCCGAGCAACCACAAGGGUUUGGCCCGGAAGGUAUGGCCGGACGUGUUAGGGUUAUUUAAUUCUCGUCUAUGGAGUCUUUGGGGUCCAAAUUAGAAAUUCAGAAAAAAAAAAAAAAGUGAGAAUAUUUUGAUAUUUUUCCACUUCUUUUCUUUAUUAUUAUUCUUUUUUGAGACCCAAAAUGGGAGAGAUUAAAUUCCAAUGUUAUUAAUAUUAAUAAUGAAAAAAAAGUAAGGUAGGUGUUAUGUGGCAAAUGGAAUAUAUAGGUAGGGUCCCAUCUUUGAUCA